AUGGCUAAUCAUAUUCCUAACUUUCGCCGAUAUGUAUCAAUUCAUCAAAUGGCUUUGGAACGCUACAGACUUGAGCAAGAAAGGCGGCACCGCAAGCGCAUGAGUGCAGCAAUAGUUUUGGGGUUUUGCCUCCUAUUGUGGUUAUUGAUGCUACAGACAUUGCGUGUAAUGUUUGCAUUCUUGGCUAUGAGCUAUUAAUUCGGACAUCUGAAAG